UAUAUAUGUGUGUGUGCUGUUGUAUGUAAAUACCAUGUCAGUGUCGUCAGUAAAUAAAAGCUUGUCUGUAGAGUUCUGCUCUGUUUAUACGCGAUACUGUAAAAAUGGAAGUGCUUGGGGUGAGCACCGUACCCCCCUUCAGGGUGCUGGGAGAGAUGAGCUGCAGAAAGGCGGGAUCCGGUGCCAGGAGCUGUGUUAUUUUCCCACAGUGGGAAGCGGACGAGCUCCCCUGGGGAAUCCGGCUCCAUGAGACUUUAAUCAGGAGAGCAGCUGCUUCCUCCCAUUAUCCUAUUAAACACGUAGCAGUCCAAUGACAGCCUGAGCCCUACACAAAAGGAUCGCUGUCCCAGCUCCGCUCACCUCUCCUUGCAACUGAGCCAGGGCCCACGGAGGGACACAAUACUGCUGCAUGUUUCCAGCUGUACACAAAGGGGGCAGCCACAGCAGGCAGUUUGCUUCUGGGUGGAACAAGAAGCCAACAUGUCUGCCCCUGAAGCUGCCCCUCCUGUACCACCUCUUCUACGUUCCACUAGCAGCAAGACACUGACACUGAGAGGCAUCCGGGCACACACAACAACAGAGAGCAGCAGCAUGUGGACAGCUGCAGACUGCAAGAAAGUCCACAUAUCCCUUAAUAAGGUGACUGCUUGUUACCGGCAGCUGGUCAUGUGUGUUGGUGGCACAUCAGAUUGUAGCCGACUAAGGGAAGAACUGGAGGAAAGCAGGAAGAAAGCAUUUGAUCUAAGCACAGAUCUGAGAAACGCUCUAAUGGCUCUGCUAAUGGAGCAGGAGGUGAGUCAAGAGGAACGUGUAGAACUGGAGAGGAUAUGGGUGCUCUUCCUCUCUACUCUAGAACUCUUCCAACAGGAUUUAUGUAAAGCCCACCACCUCUGCCAGCUUUUCCCCUUGCAUGGCCGACAGAAGAGAUUAAUCAACACUGGUGUGACAGGCAAGACUUCUGAAGUAGCCUAUAGGUCCCGAAGUAUUAAGUCACCCAGUAGCAGAUUGAGGGAAACCACAAAGCCAGUAGAGCGCUCCUGUUCACCAGACCUUGCAGGACAAAUAGAGCAUGUUGAAAGUAUGCUAAACGAUAUGCAGAUGAAAGUUAGCAUUCCAAUUUGGACUGUAGAAGCAACAGAAGAAGCCUGGGCAGAGGUCAUAUCCACCUGUGACCUAGAUGAAUCAUCAGACAAUGAGAUUCUGUCUGGAGAGGACAUUUCCGGCAGAGGAUGCUGUUCUCAUGGACAGUUACUGUCCCGUCCUCUUUGUAUGGUCUCAUAGCUAUGGAACCAUAAACCUUGUUUUGUGAACUGUGUUUAGGACACUUUCUCAGCUGCAGUCCACAAGUACCUCCAACUGGCUAGAUUUAAUUUCACUGGACUGCCCAGUGGUUCAAUCACUGUGAUAAUGACCUGUUAUGGAUACUUGAUGACAGGUGAUGAAUAACCCUGGUGUGGAAUAAAGAAAUGUAACAGACAUUUUGAAGGACAAUCAUUUUCUGUCCUUAGAUGUCUACAUAAAAAUAGCAUCUUCAUGAAAUAUUUAGACACACGUUUUUGAAAACUUUAUCAGUAACAUGCAGUCUCUGGAAACAGAGUGCAGACACCGUUUGCCUUUUUUAUUAUUAUUAUCAUUUUGUGUGGGGAGAUAAUAAAAUUGCUUGCAUAACCUA